UCUGUCAUCUGGUCAAAACUGUCCAAAAUGGCUGAGACAGAGACCGAUAAUAACAGUAUUGAUAGAAAUAACAAGGGCCCAAUUGAAAGCAAUGGGCCCCGUCGAGUUACGAUAUAUAAAACUGAAACUGGUUUCGGUUUUAACGUGCGCGGUCAGGUUUCGGAAGGUGGGCAGCUAAGAUCCAUCAAUGGUGAAUUAUAUGCGCCUCUGCAGCAUGUCAGCGCUGUCCUGGAGCAAGGAGCGGCUGAGCUGGCUGGCAUCAGGAAAGGAGAUCGGAUACUGGAAGUUAAUGGCGUGAACGUAGAGGGCGCUACUCACAAGCAAGUGGUGGACCUGAUCAAAUCCGGAGGCGAAUGUUUAUCUCUUACUGUAAUAUCUGUCACACCAAAGGAGGCAGAGCGUCUAGAGCCGGGUGAUGAAUCCGCACCCAUAGGUGUGAUCGGGGGCGCGACCAACUCCCGAUCAGCUAUAUCUACUAUGAUAUAG